AACGCUCAGUGCUUCACGAGUCUUCCUUUGCCCCUCACUACUCUGUAGUUUCUUAACAGCUGAGCUACUGAACAUCACAUCCGCAUAACUGAACGUUUACUUCCUGUGUUCUCGGUACGAGCAGGAGCGAAACAAAUCUGAGCGCAAACCCAGCGGAGAAGCGCAAUGCGGACUGCAGCUGCUCAGCCAUGAACGCGCUUUGCUGCUUUGGAGUUUGUUUUGUGAUUGCGGUGCUGGAGCUGUCGGCGGCAGGUGGCGCUGUUGGAACGGCAGUAUAUGGCAGUUUACCCAGUAUCAGCUGUAAUCAAACCAUUGUGCUUACAGGAUUUGGAGAUCUGAGGCCUCCUGAGAACGUCCGCAUCGACUCGCUCAACACCCGUUAUGUGCUGCGGUGGGACUGGCCUCACGAGACGGCCGCCAACCAGACCGUCACCUUCACUGCGCAGUAUAUAGCAGAGCAUCUCUCGCAGAAAUACGAGCACUGGAAAUCGGUGUGUGUCAGUGUUUUGGAGCAUCGCUGUGAUUUCACUGGAGCUAAACUGCAUUACCUCAACUUAUAUCAGCUGCGCGUGCGGGCCAACACGUCACGACAGUCCUCUGGCUGGGUCCAGAUUGAAUUCUGUCCUGAAAAACAUGCUGCUGUAGGUCCUCCGUCCAGCGUGAAGCUGAACCCUGUUGAAGGAGAUCUAGAGAUCAUCAUCCGCGACCCUCUGAGCAGCAAUAACGAGUCCAUGAAAAUUCUGCUGGACGACAAGCUGAGCUACCUCAUCCAGUACUGGAGGCGCUCUGAAGAUCCUCAGAUGGCUAAAUCCCAGAAGGCGAAGGACAGUGUGGUGACACUGACUGAGCUGGACAGACAGACGUGGUACUGUGUGAGAGCUCAGAGCUGGUAUUUCGAUACAUACAAAAAAUGUAACAAGAGCAGUGUCUUCAGCGACACACACUGCAUACGCACUAAAGGUCGGAUGCCGUACUGGCAGAUUGCCCUGUACAUCCUGAUUAUUCUGCUGCUGUUAUUCCUGCCGCCGCUGCUGUACUUCCGCUUUUACAAGAUGUUUAGAUCCACCUUCUGGCCAGCCAUUCAACUCCCGGAUCACAUUCAGGAGCUGUGGUUAAGUGACUCAGAGAAGCCGCAGCUGCUGGCUCCCGAGUCUCGGGAGUCUGUGUGUGAGCCGCUGGUCAUGGUCCGUGCUGUGCUGGACGCCGAGGAGGUGGACGAGCAGAGCUCGAACGCCGAGGAUCAGGACUCCAGCACGCACGGCCGACACGGCAGCGGAGACUCGGGCGUUUACUCCGCAGAGGAGGACUCCGGUCGCAGAUCCACCUCACACGCUGACCUACAGAUGAGCGUCACCAAGCACAGAGGAGAGCUGCAUGAUGGGACGCUGCAGCAGCUCUGUGCUUGAAACGGUCAACGGAUGUCAGACGCACGUGACUGUGGCUUUUUGCAGCUUUGCCUUUCUCUCUUUAAACAUCUGUCAGCUUAUUGUACAUGCAGAGACUGCAGCACUUUACUACCUUCCUACUUACCUGGUCAUUAAAGCAGGUUCUGUGAUGAGUAGUAAAUCUCUAUCACGUGCGUGCAGCCCUAGUUUUCAACAUUUCAGCCAUACUUGUCAUUUCUGUAUGUUAUCGUGCAGAUUUCUUAUCAUUCUUAUAGAAUCUUAAUUCAUUAUUGUCACUUGAUGUCUUAUUUUGUUAGCUUCAACAACAGCAGUGUUUAAAGAGAAUGAACUGUCAUUGUUCAGUUUGACGGUCUUCUCAUGUUGUUGUGCCUUUGCAAAGUUUGUUACCUUUUUCAGUGUUUAUACAAAUGUGUUUUUAUAUGUAUGCAUUCUGUACAUUUUGUAACAAGAUAUUUGAGAUUUUGCAUUUUAGUUUUAUAAAGUAGGGAUGCCCGAUAUUAUUGGACUGAUAUCGGAAUCGGCCGAUAAUGGCUUUAAAUGUAAAUAUCGGCAUCGGCCCCAAAUGAAAAAUUAUGCUGGUAUGUCUUGCCGAAAAGAGGAAUAUGUUAACUCACAUGUGCUGAGGGUGUGUUAGGGAUUAGAUCAUGUCAGCAGUGUGGCUCAUUCCUGAAGCAAAGUUUUGCCUGAAUGGUGAGUAGAUUUACUGUUUUGGAUCGCUGCAUUCAAUGCAGAGAAUGCACGUACAUGAUGUGUUCGGUACAUGGGCGUCGGAAGCAAAAUAAAUGUGGGUGGGUCCUCCCCCCCAAA